AUGCCCUCGCUGACCUAUCACCGCAGGGGAAAUCCGUCACCGCGCUCUCGGCAAGGAACGCCCUCACGCCGUUUACCUCGCGUGGCAAGCCAGAUGUCUCUCGGCUCAACACGUUCUACGCCAGGACCUGCGUCUUUUUCCUUCGAGGCAGGUCGUCUUCCUAUCGUCGCAAGGCUAGAAUGGGCUGUCGAUCCUCUUCGUGCAAAAUGGUGGCGUCCCUUCCUUGCGCAUGCAGAAGCCGUCGCUGAAAGCUCUGUGUCGAACAAAUCGUCGGACGCGCCACCGCUUCCUGCGCCCAAGACCGGCGGACCGCGCCCUCUUCAUCUAGCUUCACAUGUGAUUUCGCCGUCGUCGUCCCGCAUCCUGCCCCCACCCCCUUCCGGAGAGCCGCCCAAGCCGCGUUCGACAUCGUACACAUACAUGCCUCCAGAGCCUGCGUCCGGUGUUUCGCCGGAAAAUGACAUGGUUCCUCAGGAUGCACCUGUCAACCUUCGUGAUGCGCCUAUUAUCGAGCCGACGAGUCAGGUGUCCGAAUCCGCACCCACCAGCAGCGCGCCUGACAUGGCCACAGCCCCCACAACUCCCGCCGCCGAUAGGCCUCUUUACGAUCAUCAUGAAUGGGCCACUGAACCUUUGCCUUCAGAGACAGGCUCUGUCGUGAUUCGCACACCUCCACAGCAGCAAUUCUCACACGAUGCCUUCUCAUCCUCGUCGCCUGCAUCACCGGCGUCCCCUCAAGUGCCGCCGCCGCCGCCACCCCGGCCGUCGUCGAAACAACGUCAUCUAGACUACGACCAGCCUAUGGAUGAUAAUCGCCAUCUCGAAUCGAAUGAGAGACCUUCAACUCACAAUCAGGAUACAACUGAUGCCCACGAGGAUGAUCUUCGCGACGUGGUCGACCAUGGUCAUAGCAAAGGUGUUGAUUCCGAACUUCACGACAAACAGGAUAAGAAACACGAUGCUGCACCAGAGGCGGAACCCAAGCGUGACCGCCAUACUAUGAGCUCUACUGUUGCAAGUUUGUCCGCUGCUGCAUCGCGGCUCUUUGGCUCCCACAAGUCGAAUGAGCCUAGCAAGCCGCGUACUCCACCUUCUCCUGAACUUGAUGUUGAAGAAGCUCGCGACAGGCUCACCGAGCAAGAGCGGAAAAGUGCAUUGGCUCGGCGUCACAAGCACCGGGCGUCCAUCGACGUUCCACGCUCUGUGAAGCGUGCUUCUGCUCGCAUGAAUGAAGUGAUGGAAAGCCAAGAUCCCGACAAUGAGUUGAUGACGACCGAUGAAAAAGCUCGCGGACAUCGGCGUAGUACAAGCACACCACAUGUACCGCCAAAUGACUGGCAUUCACGACCCAUGCCAUUGCCACCGCCACUUAUGAUGACCAGUACCUCACGGCCCAAUCAGCCAGCAGAGCAGCCCAACUCCAUGUUGGAGGAGCCACCGAUGCCUGCGUUAAAUACGUUGGCGAUGCCAUCAGACGUCGCUGAUGUUGCUCCAAAACGCGGAGCUAUCGACCGUGUCAGACAUCGAAGCAAUGCUUCGUUGCGUUCUCCGAUCAUGCUUGGUAACUCGCUCCCUGAGCCGGAGUCAACGUCACUCAGCAGUGAUAAGUCAUCCCCGUGGCCAUCUGCCCCUACAUCUGCGUCUUUGUCUGCAACUGCUUCUGAACCGGCACCUACGGCGGGUCUGCCGCAUCAAGACCGCGCAUCUAUCGAGGCACCAUCGGCUGUCCAACUCAGUCGGCAAGACAGUAUUGACUUCAACAAUACAUUAGGCGAUCUGCAACGUGCGCUUGAGCUUCUUUCACCGCGCAGUGAUGCGCACCGCCGUCCGUUUGUAUCGGGUGUGCGGCGUAAUCUCAUGGCUGAAAGACCUAUGAUGUCCGACACCAUCCGUGAACAACCUGACUCACCCGUACCGAUUGCAAACCGUGCUGCUCUUUCCACGCACUCCAGCCAUACGGAUGACCUGUUGAAUCUCAAAGAUUCACCAGAUCUUGGCUCUAUGGACGCUCCUGCUCAGUUCUCGAGCGCGCCAGUGCCCUCAGGCCAUUUAAGAUCGUCAAGCCAUGCGUCUGCAUCUGCGCCACUUGGCACGUCGCUUUCAUGGACAUCAUCGGGUACAAGUCCCAUGGGCCCGGCCGAUUCAGCUGCUCUGUCCGCCCCCCCUGCGCCUCCUGCUGUUGCUUUGCAGUUGGACGAGCCUCCGACGGACCCCAAAGGCUCUAACGACAUGCAGCGUUCUUCGUCCAUUGACGCCGCUCACCGGCAGCCCGCAGACGAUCAAUCAGUUUGGGGCCUGCCUAAUGGUGAGGCUCCAGCUUGGAGUGCAGAGCAGACGCCAUUGACUAGUGCAUUGGCACAGUGGGGUCAUGGACCUCGCCCAGCAUGGCAAGCUUCUUCUGAUGGUUGGCCGCAAGACAAUAUCUCCUUCGCCGCACAUCCAGCGCCACCGCAAAUGCGUGACUCAUAUCCAUUGCACGACCCGUGGCCUCAUGAUGUCAUGGCCUCAUCAACUGAACCACUACAAAUACGGGACUCUCAAUCGCUUGCUCCUCGAAGACUGGAGGCGCCUGCUUGGGAAGAGAACUCAUGGGCGCAGGCUGCACCUCAAGCACGUGCAUCGGACGUUCCAUCAUCUCGUGUGUUGACACCGCCUGAAUCCGCGGCGCCUUUGCCCGAGCACCCCCCUGUGCGUAUUCCUCAAAAUUCGACACCGCCUGUGCCGACGCAGCUUGUACCGGCACAACAGCCACUCUUAUCAAAACUGGGUGCCUUGGACGUGUCGAUUCCUCCGCAUGACGGCGCAUGGAGUGUGCGAUGGGAUCUUCCACCCAACGGACCACCACAACCGCCGCCCAAAGAUGAGCAUGAACUUUCCCAAACGCAAUGGCUCUCUAAUCCAGAUGAUGCAACGACCCAACUCGAGUCUGUGUUGCAACGCAUGCAGCCCUCUGGACCUGUGCAGCCGCCACCUGUGGCAGUCGACGACGAUUGGGCCCGCUGGACCGACAAGGCUGCUGCAUCCAAACCAGCUGUAUCUUCGUCGUCAAGUGAACCGCAGCCUCAAGUGACCGAUGUACACCAAAAUGCUAACAUGCCUGUGAUGCCAAACUCUUUAUUUCCUCCAUCUGAUGAACAAAUGCCACAGGAGCUCGGACGGAAAGAGCGGGCAUCUACGGCGAUGCCGAUGCUUGGCCCUGCGGCUAUGACGAGCCCUGAGUCGAGCAUCAACUCGGUUCCGACUCAUGCGCCUCCUCUCGCGCCUGAUGCCGAAUCUUCAGGCCCUUCAGUGCUAGGACCACUGCAUGUACAAGGCCGAAUGACACCGCCCAACCAUGAACCCAUGCCGAUUUCAUCGAUGAGCCCGAUGAGUCCGAAUUUGCAACUCAACGGCAACCAGUUGGCACCCGAUGCGCAGGCUUCAGCUGAACUGAGUCACGAGCAUAAUGGUGUGUUGAAUUCGCCGUCACGUCACUUUUUCUCAAAAAUGUCUCCAAAAUUCAAGUGGCCCCGGCGCAGAAAAGAAGAAAAGCACCAGCAGCAGCAGCAUCUUUCGCCUAGCAUGUCUGAAGAGGACUUGUCCCUACUAGACCGCUCUCGUGCAUCGACGAACUCCCUAAGCACAUUGAGUCGUGGGGCUGCUGGUCGGCCGCACAUGCGCUCUAUUGAACCACAGUCGUUACUGAUCGAAACACCACCGGUCAUGGCGCCCGAAUUGGCCACGACUGCGCCGAGACGUCAAGCACCCUCGCAGGGCUUCUUCGGCAGUCCUGCCUCGCACAAUGACGAAUCGUUUGAUGGCCCUCCACCGUUCCAAAAUUCGUCCGGAGCUGUUCUGCCGACAUCGUCAUCAUGGGGGGCGCAUGACCCACUUCACCCACCACACUUUAUGCCAUCGAAGGUCGGCACAUCAUUUGACGAAUCUCGCAUGAUGGGCACUUCGUCGGGUCGGCCUAGUUUUACGAAUGCCAACACAAAUAAGGAUUUAAUGAUGAGUCAGGCGCCGUCGCCGCCGACAGCAGGUGCACAACUGAGAAACGAUAUCCCUGAUGCAGAGACAUCGCUUCCCCAUUCCCCACAAAUGAAUAUGAUGCAUACCGGUGAACGUGAUUUGCAGGAUUUGUCGAACAAGUCAUUAUCCAAAGAAAAAUCAAGUCAAGGCAUGCGUAGCUUGUUUCGCCGGAGUUGA